AUGUCAAAAAUAGGACCAGAUAAAGGGGAUUUAGACCCUUUAAUAGAGGAUCUUAUGUCUCGAAUUAGCUCUGUUGAAAAAGUUUUUUUGUUGUUGAAAUCGGAUGAUUCAAACAGCUUAUCAGAGAUGGUAACGAAACUUUCUAUUCUAGAGAAGGCAAAGUUCUAUGUAGGGCUGAGUUAUGCAAUCAAUUCACUUAAUGUUUUAGUGAAUUUAAAGCUAAAUCGUGUGGAUACGAAGGAGCAUGCAGUAAUGAAAGAGCUUGAGAGAGUUCAGCUCUAUGUAAACAAAAUAAAAGAGGCAGAGACGGUGUUAUCUAAGAGGACGGUGGUAUUAGAUAAACAUGUGGUAGAUCGGAUAAUUACGCACGAUUUGUCAGAAAAUGUAAGAAUAGACAAGAAAAAUAAAGAAAUUAAGGGAAAAGAUGCAAAAGAUCAGAAAAAAUUGUUAAAAAAGAGUGUUCAUAUAAGAUUUAAUACACCAGAUACAGAAUCUAUAGUUAAUGUGAAUGAUAAAUCGAUAAAGACAGAUUUAGUAGGCGUUCAAGGCGCAAAAGCAGAUACAGCAAAAGGCAUAAAGCGUGGAAAAGACUCUGAAAUGUCCUCAAAUUUACAUCUAAAAGCAUCGGGAAAAGCACAUAAAAAACAUAAAAAUAAGAAAAAGAAAAUUUUAAUAGACUAA